AUGACUACUGAUGAGACAGACGAAUGUCACCGGAUAAUGACUACUGAUGAGACAGACGAAUGUCACCGGAUAAUGACUACUGAUGGGACAGACGAAUGUCACCGGAUAAUGACUACUGAUGAGACAGACCAACGUCACCAGAUAAUGACUACUGAUGACACAGACGAAUGUCACCAGAUAAUGAUUACUGAUGAGACGGACGAAUGUCACCAGAUAAUGACUACUGAUGACACAGACGAAUGUCACCAGAUAAUGACUACUGAUGAGACAGAUGCAUGUCACCAGAUAAUGACUACUGAUGAUACAGACGAAUGUCACCGGAUAAUUACUACUGAUGAGACGGACGAAUGUCACCGGAUACUGACUACUGAUGAGACAGACGAAUGUCACCGAAUAAUGACUACUGAUGAGACGGACGAAUGUCACCAGAUAAUGACUACUGAUGAGACAGACGAAUUACACCAGAUAAAGACUACUGAUGAGACAGACGAAUGUCACCGGAUAAUGACUACUGAUGACACAGACGAAUGUUACCAGAUAAUGACUACUGAUGAGACAGAUGCAUGUCACCAGAUAAUGACUACUGAUGAUACAGACGAAUGUCACCGGAUAAUUACUACUGAUGAGACGGACGAAUGUCACCGGAUACUGACUACUGAUGAGACAGACGAAUGUCACCGAAUAAUGACUACUGAUGAGACGGACGAAUGUCACCAGAUAAUGACUACUGAUGAGACAGACGAAUUACACCAGAUAAAGACUACUGAUGAGACAGACGAAUGUCACCGGAUAAUGACUACUGAUGACACAGACGAAUGUUACCAGAUAAUGACUACUGAUGAGACAGACGAAUGUCACCGGAUACUGACUACUGAUGAGACAGACGAAUGUCACCAAAUAAUGACUACUGAUGAGACAGACGAAUGUCACCGGAUAAUGACUAUUGAUGAAACAGACGAAUGUCACCGGAUACUGACUACUGAUGAGACAGACGAAUGUCACCAGAUACUGACUACUGAUGAGACAGACGAAUGUCACCGGAUAAUGACUACUGAUGAGACAGACGAAUGUCACCGGAUAAUGACUACUGAUGAGACGGACGAAUGUCACCAGAUAAUGACUACUGAUGAGACAGACGAAUGUCACCGGAUACUGACUACUGAUGAGACAGACGAAUGUCACCGGAUAAUGACUACUGAUGAGACAGACGAAUGUCACCAAAUAAUGACUACUGAUGAGACAGACGAAUGUCACCAAAUAAUGACUACUGAUGAAACGGACGAAUGUCACCGGAUAAUGACUACUGAUGAGACAGACGAAUGUCACCAGAUAAUGACUACUGAUGAGACAGACGAAUGUCACCAGAUAAUGACUACUGAUGAGACAGACGAAUGUCACCGGAUAAUGACUACUGAUGAGACAGACGAAUGUCACCGGAUAAUGACUUGCUGGUGA